AUGAGUGAGGAGAAGAAGACGGAAGGUGGCUUGACGAAGAGGUUCGAUGGAGAUGGAUCGAACCCGGCCAAGGACUACGAGAGAUGGCGAAGAUGGUGCAGGGCAUACCUCACUGUUCAGAGGGCGAAGGGAGUCGGACCUGAGGCCCAUGGAUCCUUGGUGUUCUCGCUUUUGGACGGCACUGCACUUCGAGCACUAGACCAGGUACCUAUGGACCGAGUGGAGGAGAUCGGGGGCGAGGAGGUGAUCUUUCAGAUCCUGGAUGACCGCUUCCCGGCUGAAGCCACUCACGACCGACUGGGGAGUGUGCUCGACCAGGUCUUCGACCUCAAGGUGGAGAAGGGGGGAGACUACGGCGGUGUUCACGGGCAAGGAUACCUGCUGUUGCGGUUUGCCAAGCUGAGUGCUGAGCGGAAAGCCGUGGUGAUGGCAGCGGCGAGACAGAGCUAUGCAGAGAAGGAUGUGGCUGCAGCACUCAGAACUACCUUCCCCGAAGGGCUCUACUCAGCGGCGAGGCAGAGUUCACAUGCCUACCAGGUGGAGUACGACCAGGGCCAGGCGGAUGACGAUGAGGAGACCAUGGAGGCAGAGUUUGACGUCUACCUCACGGACGCCGGCUAUCAGCCGGAAGAAGAAAUUGAAGAGCAGGACGCAAUCGAUGCUCUCCUGACAUGGAAACAGACUCGCAGCUCAAUUGCCCAGACCAAGUUGUCGAGAGGUUUCGGAAAUCAAGGGCAGUUGAAGAAGUUGGUGAACUAUGUCUUCAUGGUAUGGAGUCAACCAGACACCCCGAAUAUCCGGACAGAGUAUCACUGGACCGUGGAUGAGAAUGAGGAAGGGGAGUUGGAGCAGAACUACAACCCACCGAUCGGCCCUGAGAUGUAUGGACAUGAGAUGCAGGCAUUGGUUGCGGGCUGGAGCCAUGUGCCGGGAGACUUCUGGCACGAGGAGAAGCGCACAAACAAGGACAUCGGUGUGGAGUGGACGGGCCGAACGGUGUUCUACAUGAAGGACCUUCCGUUCACCCCGAUCGACGAGGAGAUCGACAUGUUGGCCCAGGCCUACAAGGACGAGCUGGAUACUGCACAAGAUGAGGCUCUGAAGGAGUCAGGCUCAGAGGAUUCCAUGAUGGAAGAGACGGACGAGGAGGCCGAGUACCUUGAGGGUGAGACGGUCGUGGCCCUCGUGCAUGCGGCGGGCCAUGGAGUGGUUGACACCGGAUGUGGAAGAGGACUCGUGGGAGAGAGAACCCUGCAGCGGCAUGAGAAAGUCCUGAAUGAGCACGGCUAUGAGAUCAAGGAGAUGCUGCAUCAACCCCACAAGUUCAGGUACGGGAACAGCGCUGUGGAUGUCUCGCGCCGGACGGUGCAAAUCCCAGUGUUCCUGGCCGGUGUGCAACUUUGGCUGAGGGUGCACGUGGUGCAGGGAGACGGUCAAGUGACCUUCACCAGGGCUCACCUGGCAGUGCCUUUGCUGGAACAACGAGAUGGAAGCUAUCAAAUCAACCUCCUGGACUUCCAGAAGCCGCCAAAGAUCAAGGACGCAGAAGUGGAGGUCCUAGCAACGGAUCUGGGCGAGGAAGACGAGGAGGAAGGUGGCAUCAACAACGGGGACGAUCCCAUGGGCACGAUCCCGGAGGAAGAGAUGGAAGAGUAUGUUGAGACACCGGAUGACUACGAGGACGGGAAUCCGGAGACCCAGGACCAGGAGGAGCACGAGGUGACUGGGGACCAGGACAACCUGACGGCAAGCGAGCCAGAGGAGGAGUUCUGUGAAGAGGAGACGGGAGACCUGGGAGUCUUCAAGGCAGGGGAGAGAAAGAAAAUCCAAGGAAACCUCACGGAGAUCUUACAGGCCGAGCCGGAGAGACCAUCUGUGGUGGAAGUCUUCUGCCCUGGACGUUUUGCUGAACGGGCCGGGGGCUUCGGACUGAAGGUCAUUGGAAGCUUCGACUUGAGCAGCGGAUGGGACUGGAAGAAGGCCUCCGAUCGCAAGAAGGUGUGGGACCUGAUAGUAGAGGAGGAACCUGACCUGAUGAUUCUCUCUCCACCCUGCGGUCCACUAUCACGGUUGCAGAACUCGACCCCACCAUGGAAAAGGGCUGAUCCGGAGCAGCAUGAACGAGAUGUGAUUGAGGCUCGAGCGAUGGUGGCUUGGUGCACCAGGAUUGCGCGGGACCGAGUGCGCAAGGGGAAAUACUUCAUCUUUGAGUCCUCGGCGACGUGUGCGGCUUGGCGGCUGCCGGCGAUGGGGCAUUUGAUGGACUUCGAUGAGUGUCAGAGGGUCACGGUGCCGGCAUGCUCCGUGGGUCUUCGUGAUCGAGAGUCGAAGCUGCCCUUCAAGAAGUCAUGGAGCUUUCUGACCAACGCCGAAGCCAUCGCUGCCAUGUUGGACAAGCUUGAGUGCUCACAGGACCACGAUCAUCAGGUGGUGGAAG